UGACAGCCAAAGAGGCAAGAAACUAAAUGUAGAUUAGCGAUCCUUUUUUUAAAUUGUAAAGUCGUAUCGUAUAUUUAUAUGUUUUUAAUGAAUUUUAUAAAACAAUAACAAUGAUUCUUUCAAAAACUGCAAUUGGUCUUCUUUGUGUGCUAUUGUUGUUUUCAAUUUUUAUGGCGAACUUACUAAAUUUAAUAGCGACCGACCAUAAUUUUUAUACUGAAGCUAACAAUGAAGGGAUAAAUUACACAAAAUCUCUAGCUAAUAAAUAUGGUGCGAUAACAGAUUCUACGGAGAACAUCGUGUGGUUCUUGCAAAUUUCUGACAUUCAUAUUAGUAUAUUUCGCGAUCCUGGAAGGAUAUCGCAGUUUCAACAGUUUUGUGAUAAUACAGUGAGAAGAAUUAAUCCAGCCCUAGUGCUGGCCACGGGUGACCUCACAGAUGCCAAGGCCAAGGACAACUUGGGCAGCUCGCAGGUGAAGACUGAGUGGGUCUACUACCACAACAUUAUCAAAGAGUCGGGGGUCACUGAUGACACCAUAUGGUUAGAUAUAAGAGGAAAUCACGACAAUUUCAAUGUCGGAACAUUACAUUCACAAGAAAACUAUUUCAGAAACUACUCUGUUCAGGGAUUAGUUCAUGCAAAAUCAUAUGUGUACUAUCUAGAUAAAAAUGGUGUCCGUGUCGCAUUUUUGGGUAUUGAUGCAUGUCCUGAGCCUGGCUUAAGAAGGCCAUUUAAUUUUAUUGGACUUCUAGAUGAGGAAGAGCAGGAAACAAUAAAAAAAUUGAAAUUGGAAGCUGAAACAAAGGCAGAUCACAUAGUCUGGUUCGGACAUUAUCCAACAUCUUGUAUAUUAUCUAUAGAAAAGGAUUCACAGAGGCUGGACUUGCGUAAAUUAAUAGGCAGCAGUCAUGGGUCACAGGCAUAUGUGUGUGGUCAUUUACAUUCCAUGGGAGGUUUGGUGCCAAAAAUGUACACAAAGCAGCAGAGAGGCUACUUAGAACUAGAGCUGGGUGACUGGAAAGAUAAUAGAAUGUUCCGUUUGGCAGCAAUUGAUCAUGGUCAUUUUUCAUUUGUGGACCAAAAACACAACACUUGGCCCCUUAUUUUGGUAACAAAUCCAAAACAUGCAAAAUAUGUUAUGCCAGGCCGUGAGCCACUACAUCUUGUACCUGAAUCAACUCAUGUAAGAAUUUUGGCAUUUAGUGAUGUCAGCGUUACUAAUGUACAAAUUUCUUUUGAUAAAAUAAGCUGGAUGAAAUGUAGGCACACAGAAGGUCCCCUGUAUGUAUGUCAGUGGUUGCCUGAUUUAUUUAAAACGGGCCUGCAUAAAUUGUAUGUUAAGGCCACUGAUGAAUUAGACAAAGAAGCAUUUAUAGAACAUCCGUUUUCAUUGGAUGGCACUUUAUUAAAUUUUGAAAUAUUUCCAAGGAUAUUACUCAUGUUGGAUGCUGGUGCAGUGUUUCAGGCAAUAUUUGGUACACUUCUGCUGAUUAAUGUAAUACCAUUAGUAGUGUUACGACUACAAAGGCACCCACCAAAGUACCACCGAAGGUUACCAUACAGAUUAUGGCAUCAUGUUCUGAGGAGAGUGUGGCUUCUGAGCAAAAUUGAUAAAAUAUUUUAUCCAAUUGUACUUUAUGCAAUUUAUAUACCAUUUGGGCCUUGGGCAAUUGGAGAACUUAUAGAUGGAUACAUAGGUGUUGUUUUUGCUUGGGGUAUCGUAAUAAAAGGCACUUUACUCCCUGAACCAUUUACCUACAUGUAUGGGAGUGUACAAAUGAUGUUUGUUCAGAUACCUUUGAUUUUUGUUUUGGCAUACUGUCUAGAAAAUCGUCUCUUUGUCUACAAUGUGAGAGGCUUGAAGCUGCUAUUAAGAAAUUUUCCAUUUAUAUUUUUAUUAUCAAUACAGUUCCUUCUAGCAUAUUUCUUUUGGCUAGAAUAUGGGACGAUGGCAUUUUUAUUUGGACCUCUUAGAACAUGGAGUAUUGCUCUUACUGUAUUAUUAUGGUAUAAAACUAUGACAUUACCACCAGAUUAUUGCAGAAAAUUGAUCAAGUUGAAUGAACUACCCUCAUAGUAUGAAACCAGCAAGGAAUGCUACUGAACAAAGCACUAGUGUGGAAUUAUCGAAGGUGCAUCACAAAUGCAUUUAGGAUAGUUUUCAGCAUUACCAGUGAUUUAGCUUUUUAUGUCCCGCAAAAGGAGAUGAGAGAUUGAAUUGAUGGAUGAAUUUAAAUUAAUACAUGAUCUAUGUGUUGUAAAUGUACCAAUAAGUAUUUUUGUGCACCAAAGAUAAAAAUAGAACUAUAAUCUUGCAGCUGCUACGUUGAAAUUGGCGAAUGAGAUAUAUUUUCCACUUAGUGGAAUUAGGGCAGUGACACAUCAAGAUAAUUUCUGGUGAUGUUUAUAUUAUCUUGAUGAAGCAAGCUGAUGAUUAUAUUAGUGUCAAACACCCUCGAGGUGUAAAAUUUGAUACAAACCAAUUUUAAUGUACUAUAGAUAUUAUAUAGUACAUAUAUUUAUGUAGUAGACAAAUAUAUCUAUGUGGAUGUGAUGCACGUAAUCAAUUAUUGUUGUAUGCAUAAAAGAUGAGCUUGGGAACAAUGCUAUAAAUGUUAGAAUUAUGACAAUAUACAGAGUUAUUUUUUAGUACGCCUUGAGUCAUAUAUUUGUGGCUGUCUAUAGAAUACAUGCAUUUAAUGUAUUUGAUGGAAGUGAAACAUAAAGUGCUACUCUGACAUAUUAUUGUGGGUUUAACAAGUAUUACAAUUAAUAUUGUGAUUAUUAGGUUGCAUUGUUAGUCUAAUUAUUUUGGCUUUGACGAUAAAAUGCUGCUAGAAUUUAAUGUAUCAGUAUCCGGUGAUUUGACUCUGUAUAUCGAAAACAAACAAAAAUGAUGAGGUUUACUUUGCAAUACCAAUAUUAGAUUAGAUAAUGAAUUAUUUUCGGUACCAAGGGGAUAUUACUUUGAAACCAAUUAGCCUUAAAUAUAGACUGAUACGUAUCGAUUCGCGUUUGAAUAUCAGAAAAUGUUACAAAUUUUAUGUCGUCAUAUUUACUUGGCCUUUAAAAUUUAAAGCACACCUAAAUAAAUAACUUCAAAAAGCCAAACUGAUAUUUAAAAACUACAUAUUUUUGGUUUUAUUUACAUAUUUGUAGAUAAAAAUGUAUUUUUUGAUGUACGCUUGACGUGGGUAACAAGCGAUCUUUGUAUCUAUCUCCGGACGGGUCGUGGGAAUGAACCAAUGAGAAUAAAGUUUGAUCUGUAUGUUCACAUAUUACUUAUUGUGAUUGGUUCGUUUUCAAGAUUGAUCUAAAUUUAUCAAGAUUCUUUAUUAAUUUCGGUAAUUAGCCAAUGUUUAACAUCACACGGAGUGUUAUUUGAAUGUAAUAUUCCUUUCGCGUUAAGCUUGAUUCUUCGACACAAACAUAUAAACGCGAGGUGUAGGUACCACACUUGUCGCCCUUAAUGCAAUAUGUACCUACAGUAAACGGCACAAGUCAUAAAUACAGAUGAACAGUGGUGGGGCAAGUUCGAAUAUGUACAGUCAGGCAUACUGAGCUGAACAAACUCAAAACUUUAAAAAGCUUCUACCUACAUAUUAUACCUUGAAUCGAAAUAUUAUUUUUUCUUUAUCUACAAUAAAUUAAACCUUUUGAAGAUUAUUUUAGUGAUACGAAAACGAUUGUUAAUAAGGGUAAAUAAGUUUAAAGGCAAUUUGAAAUUCUGAAUUUUUUCUGCUACUUUUGUGGCCGACUGUACAAGUUCGACGAAGCUGGGUGAUAUACGUAUUAUGUAACCAAAUAUACAACGAGAAACAAAAUGAGAAACGCGCGAAACAUCACCCUGUUGGACAUCAAACCGAUCAAUCAUGAGCGUGCUCACGACUCGCGCAGGUAGAGGCCUGUACCAAUAAUGCGUGAUAAACUCGUAUUUUUAUCAGUUUCUAGAAGCCUCCUUAUAAUUUAAAAUUGUUCGUGAUAUGUAAAUAAUUAGGUGAAAUACGUAAGCAAAAUUAAGGUGCUAUUGCAUAGUGAACAAGUGACGCUACUAUCCAUUAGUUUGUGGUAAACUCUAAAUACGAGCGCAGUAUAGCUUUGCUAAUUGCUUCCCGUUUGCCGUCUGCGGCUAAUAGAAGGAGCAUAGUACCUUAAUAUUGCAUCAGUGAGUUAAUCAUAGUUAAUAUUUUUGUUAAAACUUUAAAUAGGUCUGUCAGACUAUACAGAGCUACAGUACAUAUUUAUGUAUAGAGAUAUUUAAAUACAUUUUAGUCAGAAUUCGUAUUAGGUAUAUGUCUAGUCUAGGAAGUAUUGUUAAAGUAAUAAAUAAUAUUUAAUUGACGUAAAA